GGCGGUGGAGUGGCAGGAGUGAUCGCUGCGCGGACUCUGUACGAGCAGGGCAUCACCGACUUCAUUAUCGUGGAGGCUCGAGAUGAACUCGGCGGGCGUUUGCAGACCGAGACUAUUGGCGUGACAGGCAACGAAUGGGUGGUCGAGAGAGGUGCUAACUGGGUGCAAGGCACGCAAACAGCCGACGGGCCGGUGAACCCCAUCUGGGAACUGGUGCAGAAGCACCAAGUCAAGACUGUGUAUAGCGACUGGUCCGGCAGCAUAACGACCUAUGACGAAAGCGGCGCAGUGAACUACACUGAUAUCUUCAACGAUUCCGACGAAUACUUUACGACGCUAACGGUGGUCGCUGGAGAGCGCGUGGAGAACCAGCUGGCCGACUUACUGCUCGAAGCGGAUACUCUCUCAAUUGACGCGAAGCCUACGACGCCUGCUGAGAAGGCCUGUGAAUAUUAUCAAUUUGACUGGGAGUAUGCGCAGACACCUGUCGAGUCCUCUUUGAUCGCCAGCUCUUGGAAUAACAACUUCACUUACGACCCGAAUAUGGGCGGCUUCGGAGACGACAACAUGAUGUCCAUUGACCAGCGUGGGUUCAAGCACUUCAUCCAAGCUGAGGCGGCUAAGUUCCUUCAGCCAUCGCAAGUCAUGUACAACACGACCGUGGCGAACAUUGCAUAUUCCACGGAUGGCGUC